AUGUUAAAAAGACAUUUAAAUUAUGCCAGAUCAGUAACCAAUGUGCUGUAUCUAAAGCAUAUCAGAUGGAACACUGGCCCAAAACAGAUCGAAAGUUACUUCUCGAGGUUUGGAACGGUCAGGAAGGUCAUUUUGAACUAUGUAAGUUUAUUUUUAGCGGUUAAAAGAUUUAUAUUAAAUAUACUGGUCCUGUUUAUAAUAAUAUAUUUUUUGAAGUUUCUAGCUACUUGUCAACUAAUUUAGGAUCCGAAAUGUGGACUUCACAAAGGCUACGGGAACGUUGUGUUCAGCAACAGCGAGGGCGUGCUGAAUGCUAUUGAACACAAGCCUCAUAUGAUCGAUGGAGACGUGGUAUGUUGAUUAUUACAAGCCGUUCAUAAUAACUUUAUUACCUCGCGGAUCAGAAGUCUUUGAAGAGAUCUUCAGACUUCUGUCCCAUAAGUGUCGUGUCCUAGUAGCGAUUGUUUUGAUUGCAUCAUUUUGAGGUUGAUGUGGAGAUGCAAACGAGAACGCAGCGGUGA